UUCGAAGGCGCGUCGAUCGCGCUCUUUGUGCCCGAUUUUGCGCGUCGCUUGUGCGCUUCCUCGAGGAAACCCUGGAUUUACGGACGGCUGUCUCUUCUCGGCGCCGAGGGGGAGAACGAGAGACGAGGAGGGAGUUCACGAGGUCGAAAAGCGCGAGUUCGGAAAGAUACGCGGUUGCGGCAACGUGCGCGCUAAUUGCGCAUAAGGAGGGGGGGGGGGAGUCGGUCCUCCGGAAAAUUCUCAAGGGGACGAUCGCGUCGGAAUGAAACAUCAGCGUUCGUGUUCCGACGCUCGUGCGCUCCGCGUUCGCUGCCCGAGUUACUUCGAGGCGCGUCUCGAGGCUGAGAAACGACGGAAAGGACGAAGAGAGGACGAGGAAAUUCGCGAGGAACGUGGAAGAUGCUUUGGCAGAAGAACUACCUUGCUCUGGGACUGCUCGGCGUCCUCUUGCUGUCGGCGACCGCGGACAACAGCGUGCACAUACGGUACAGUCAGCAGCCGUAUGGUCAGCAGCAGCUCACCUCGAGCACGCUCAAGUGGCUGCCGAUCACGCACUACAAUCCGAGCGAAUCGAAGCAGAUAGUCAUCGGCGGCUUCGAGAUCGCGCCGAAUAGCGGCGAAGACGAGAGUUUCGUCAACCAAGCGGAAAAUUCGGGAAAGAAGAUGCGGCCGCUCUUCGUGUGCCGCGCGAUGCACAGCAGCAGCGUGUGGGUAGCCGGGACGCAGAAGGAAAAUGAGAGACGCUGCACCGUGACAUUGCACGGUACCGUGCAGUCGUACGUCGAUAAGUACGAGCUGCUGGAGAACAUCGACGGUGCGGCGCGAAUCAUGUGGCUUCAUUGGACCAAGUUCUCGCAGCCCUUGGUGGGCGCGGUGUACGUCGACAAGAUGCUGGUCGCCCGCUACGAGGCCGAACACAGCAAGAGGGACACCACGAAGCCGUGGUACACCCACUACAUCGGCACGCUGAAUGCCGACAACUUCGGCCUCAUCAUCUACGCGAACGAGAACGGCGAGGAGAAGUCCGCCAAGACCGGCGAGCUGCUGGUGGAGACCGAGCCGAUCCGUUACGAGCUCAGUGCGGUCAGGUUGAACUGGCCUAAGAAGCGUAUCAUCAAACGCGAAAAGCGCGUACUCGCCGAGGCGACGAUCGUCAACACGAGAACGGAAGCAGCGAACAUGGCGGAAGCCUCCGUGUACUCGUACAAAUAUUCGGUCAACUGGGGUCGCAGGCACGCUAUCCUGAACGGUCUGAACACCUCCAUCACGUUGGUCAACGGCACGUCCCUGCGGAACAUCACGUGGGGCACGCACAUCGAGGAGAAUCGCACGGACGCUUACAAUGUGGUGGUCUACCUGGAGCCUGGCACGGGCGUGAACGUGACGCUGAGGGCGAACUACACGGACAUGGAGGUGCCGUACACCGCCGACCUGAUCUCGCAUUACGAGGACGGCGCGACUACGUGCCGCCUGAUCAGCGGCACGCGUCGGGAGGAGUCCAUGUUCGACAUCGUGCCGGAAUUCGGACCUGUCUACUUCCUCAGCAAUUACAGCCUGGUGCCGACUACCGUGCCGCCGCCCGCCACGGAACCGACCACCAUCAUCAGCAGCACGACGACGACCGUGAUGACGACGAGGCAGCCGCAGGAGACGGGCAAGACGACGCACCGACACCGGCAGAUGAACGACGACGCGAACAACGACGAGAACCUGAUCAUACCGCAUAAGAAGACGGACAUAUCGACGGGCAUGCAGAACGACGACGGCGGCCCGCUCUCGCUCAAGGACAAGGUUGAGGUGGUGUACGGGGGCGCGUGCGGCGCGCUCAAGUCGAGCCUGCUAUUACUGACGCUCGCCCCGAUGCUCCUGCUCGUCCUCCACAGGAUCACGUGAAGGCCCGACGCGCACAGACCCGUCUCUCUAACGCUAAUUCCUCUAAUUCCCGCAAUAGUAAAGUUAAUGUAAUCCAAUAGUAGAGAUAUAUCGACACACACACGAGAGGAAGAGAGAGGAAGAGAGAGAAAGAGAGAGAGAGAGUAUCGAAGACGAGAGAUUAAGAGAGAAAAGAGAAAAGCAGAAAAGCCAAAAAAAGAAAUUACUACUUUACGCGAGAGAAGAAAAUUGCUGUAAUUUCGUACGUAGCAAAAUAUUUGUCGUACGGCGCGAAAGAAGAAACCUCCUUGUUUAAAAAAAAAAGAUACACCGCUACUGAACGUCGACGCAUCGUGAUGCCGACGUUAUAUGCUUGCCUUUAAAGAGAAAAACUCGAUAUUUAAUAUAUAUUAUAUAUAUAUAUAAAUUAUAUAUAUAUACAUAUACACAUACACG